GAAAGAAGCUGGUUCUGGCCCGGAUGCUCUUGUAUCUCCUCCCGGAUGGAAGUAGGUUGAACAGUUUGUGGUUGGGGUGGGAGGGGUCCUUAAUGAUGGUGGUGAAUGUCUUUGAUGGCAGGGAGCUGCACGCCUGUGAUGCGCUGAGUAGUCUUUACUAUCCUCUGCAGGGAUUUCCUCUCCGCCACAGUGGAGCUACUGUACCACAUGGUCACACAGUUGGUCAGUAUGCUCUCGAUGGUGCAUCUGUAAAAAUUUGUGAGGAUCUGAGGAGAUAGCUGGUCUUGUUUUAGUCUCCUCAGGAAGUAAAGAUGCUGCUGUGCCUUCUUAAUGAGAUGGGAGGUGAUGGUUGCAAUACAAUGUGUGGACAGCAUAACUCAGUGCUGCAGAAAUUUCAGGAAUGUAACCCCCGUAUUGUCUACAUCAAGUGUGUAUGCCAUUCCCUUCUGUUUUGCCCCGAAAUGUGGAGUACAUGGUUUCACAGACCUACAGCUGGUUUUCAAAUGCCACCAAGAGGCUUCAGAAAUAUGCAAAAUUGUACAAGACCAUAAAUGUAGGUGAAAAUCCUCAGAAAAUACUGCAGUUAGCAGACAGUAGGCGGCUCGCCAUCAGUGAGUGUGUCAACCGUAUCCUUACACAGUUCCAGGAGCUGAAGUUGCAUUUCCAACUGGCGAAAGAUAGUGAAAGAAGCUAUGCUGCUGAGUUGCUUUACCAAAUGUACAGUGACAAAAUCAAUCUGAUCUACCUGAAAUUCCUUCAACCAAUUGUGUCAGAAUUAAACAGGAUUAAUCAAAUAUUUCAGCUUGACACAGCCAAUCUUGCAAAACCUCUAGAAGAACUUGUAACAUUCUACCAAUCACUUCUUGAGCGAAUUGGGCUGCCACAGACAUUCAAGAGCUGGCAUGACAUCAUUGAAUUCAACCUGUCUGAUCAUCUUUUGCCCAUUGAUGCUGUAGAUUUUGGGGUUCAGUUCUGUCUUGCUUUGCACGAAUCAAGGGGAAUAAGUGACCAGGCAUUACAAGACCUGAAAAGCAGAUGCAGGGACUACAUGCUGGAAUUGGCUAAAGAAAUCAAAAAGAGGCUUCCAGAUCAUUUGAAACAACUAGAGGCUCUAAAAUUUCUGCCACCAAGCAAUGUUCUGCAUGUGAAUAAGCCAAAGUUGGAUGAUUUUCCCUUCUUCGCUCACUUGAAAGGAGACAUAGGAAAAGCAGAGCAACAGUGGAGAAUCAUACAUACUGUAGAUUGGAAAAACAAAGAGGACAAUCAAAUUGAGGACUUCUGGAUAGAGGUUGCAAUGCACACAGAUGCUGCAGAUGACAGGGAUUUUGAAGAACUGGGCAACUUUGCCUUGUCUCUGCUUGCUUUACCAUUCAGCAACGCUGCUGUUGAACAUUCAUUUUCUCAAAUGAACCUCAUAAAGAAUAAGCUGCAAAACAGGUUGGAGCAGAAAACUCUGCUAAAUACAAUGAGAAUCAGAGCUUACAUGCAAAGGAAAAAAGAGUGCUGCCAUAAAUUCAAGCCAUCACCACGAAUGAUCUCUCUCUUCACUGCAGAUAUUUACUCAGCACUUGCUGAAGAAGAUGAGGAGGAGAGCACAGAUGUUUAGAAGAAAAAAGUUUGAAGACUGUAAAUAGUUCUUAAGAAAACAGAAAUCUAAAGGAAAGCAGUAAUAUAAAAUGUUUGAAAUGGAGGAGCCCUUAAAAGUCAAGAAUAAAGGAAAAAAGAUAACAGAAAAUGGCAAACAUGGCAUGGAAAGAACUGCCCAAAAGUUCAUAAUAGCUCUUCAUGUAACCAGAAAUCACAAGAUGAUGAAAAAAAAUGUUAAAAGAGGAUCAGAGGAGAGAAGAGAGUUCAGGAGGGGCAAGAACAGAAAUGAGACCUGGCAACCCUGCUGAGCGGAGCUGCGUUGUUCAGAGGCUUCACGAAGCUGGGAACGUUGUCGAAUUCAUACCAGAAUAAAUGAAAGGCAACACAGCAGCUAUUCUCCGUUUGGCUGCCCCAAAAUCAUGUGACCUCAUAGAAAUGAGGGUUUAAAGAUAAAGAUUUGACCUAUAAAAUCUACUGCAGCUGGAGGUUCGGGCUUCCCUGUGUUGAAGCGCUACUACUGGGCUGCUGAUGCUAGAAUUCUUACCUGCUGGCAGAGUUUGCUGAAUGCAUCCUGAGAGAUGAGGCUGUUUCCUUUAUCUCAAGUGUGUGGAGGACAUAAGAAGGGAAAUAGC